UUAGAUGGCAGGAAAGGAGGAGAGACAGAAGGAGAAGAGGAGAACUUCACAGGAGCAGAUAAAUGGUCAAUAAAAGGCGCUUGUGUUUUCUGAGGAUUGGUGUGACCGCUGAGGAGCGCGUCUUAAUUGUUUCUUAAGUUGAAUAAUUUGUUCUUUAAAGGGGCAACUGUGAUAUGUUUCUGGAAAAUCACAAAACUUUAUGAGGUUGAGAGGUCGGAACAGUAAUUCGAUUUUGGCGUAUUCAACAAUACCGGACAAGACCGCGAGUCUGCGGACUGGACAUCAUGAGUGGACACUAGUGCGAGUGACGCCGGGGGUGGCGUUUGUUUCCCUAAAGAAAGCACGCUGAGUUGUCUCUGUCGGAAUGUGAAUAGUGUUUCGGAGGACAAUAAGAUGAACGACUCGUCACGGCAUCACUUCGGCAUGAUACACAUAGACACGCAACACUCGUACAACACUGAGGGUAAUUCGACUUUCAGCAACACUACACCCGGCGACAUUAACGCCACCACCGGGAUCGCCCAAAUCAUGAUCCCGCAGGAGUUGUUCCUGAUGCUCGGCUUGAUCAGUUUGGUGGAGAACAUCCUGGUGGUGGUGGCGAUUAUUAAGAACAGGAAUCUCCACUCGCCCAUGUAUUACUUCAUCUGCUGCCUGGCGGUGUCGGACAUGCUGGUGAGCGUCAGUAACGUGGUAGAGACGCUAUUCAUGCUGUUAACGGAGCACGGGCUGCUGCUGGUCACGGCUAAAAUGUUACAGCACUUGGACAACGUGAUCGACAUCAUGAUCUGCAGUUCUGUCGUGUCUUCGCUGUCGUUCCUGUGCACUAUCGCGGCGGACCGCUACAUCACCAUCUUUUACGCGCUCAGGUACCACAGCAUCAUGACGACGCAGCGCGCCGUGGCCAUCAUCGCAGUUGUGUGGCUCACCAGUAUCACCUCCAGCUCGUUAUUCAUCGUGUACCACACCGACAACGCGGUCAUCGCCUGUCUCGUCACGUUUUUCGGCGUGACGCUGGUGUUCACAGCGGUUCUGUACCUGCACAUGUUCAUCCUGGCACACGAGCACUCCAGACGCAUCAUGGCGCUUCACAAGAGCCGCCGGCAGGCCACCAGCAUGAAGGGGGCCAUCACUCUCACCAUCCUGCUCGGGGUGUUCAUCAUCUGCUGGGGCCCGUUCUUCCUGCACCUCAUCCUCAUCCUCACCUGUCCCACAAACCCGUACUGCAAGUGUUACUUCAGCCACUUCAACCUGUUUCUCAUCCUCAUCAUCUGUAACUCGCUCAUAGACCCGCUCAUUUACGCGUACCGGAGUCAGGAACUGCGCAAGACUCUCAAAGAAAUCAUGCUGUGUUCCUGGUGCUUUGUGAUGUGAGAUGUGUUUGUGGAGGAACAUCAUGAGAGACUGUGCACUUCACGCGCUCAGUAAUCUGGGACGAUAGUUUUACUGUUCGAUUGAUUGGCACAUAUAGCCUUUUUGAUCAACUUUAUAUUUUGGAGAAAUAACUAAUUCUGAUGCACUGAGAUCAUGGCUCAUGUGAUACAGUAAAUAAUGUAAUUCAAACGACACAUUUCAAUUACACCUUGUUCAAAAACGUGAAAAUGUUGAUGAUAUAUUAAAUUUUUCACCAACACUUUUGCUGAAAUGUAUUUGAAAAUAAUCAGUCCCUAUUGACGUAGGACAGUUUGUUCUGAAGCAGCUCGUUUUUAUAUCUGGGACAGUUAAAAAAAAAAAAAAAAACGAAUAAAGUGUUGCAGAAAUAAACUGGUGAUGAAAAAUACCCCAUAAUCAUAUGUGCUGCCUUGAAUUCAGUCAGUCAUUUUACCUGAAAACAAAUGUGCAAUAUACACUGGAGGUUCAUGAAGUGUUUGUGUCAUGAGACCAGCUGCAAUCCAAGAAACUGCAAUCUAAUCCACUGUAGGAAGCUAUAAUACAGUAUACAAUGAAUCUAGCAUCUUUUACCAAAAAAGGACUCUAGACCUACAGGUGUUUUACUAGUCAUUUUUCUUCCACAAAUUAAUUGGCAAUAUGUUCAAUUUCCUAUCAUAGAACACAUCUGCCAGUACACACAAAAACGACAACAAUUUACCAUUAGCAGUGAUACAUAUAUUGACACUGAAAGUGAAACACAUUAGAAGUCAAUAAAAACCUGUUUAAAGAACAUGGAAUGUCUUUAAUACUGCAACAAGAAGAUAUUAUAUCUGCAGUAAAUUAUUAUUACAUUAUUAAUGUAAAUGAUAUACUGUUUGAUUACAGUUUUAACAAGCACUGUUCAGAUGUGAAAUCCUUGUUGUUGAACAGCAAUGUGUGCUCAAGAGAUCCAGUGCUGCUGUUUGCACAAUAACAAUAAAA